AUGUUCCGAACGAUCUCCCCACCCGGAAUCUACCGAAGCCCACGUUGGCGAAUCGAACUUAUAGCACAUCGCUUGGUGCUUACUACGCAAGAGCAAGCUUUCGGUGAUGCGAUGCGGGAAAGCGCACCAAGCUUUUCCAGGGUGAUGGCAAAUGCCCUCAGAACCGGCCGCCAUAACGAAGUUGGUGCGCUCCUCUUCAACAUUAUAGCGCGGUGUUGGGACCUGGAUGCCUUCAAGAAUGGGGUGGAGCGAACCCCCUUCCAGACAUCUAGGUACUGCGCCUUGCUCCACUAUGCUCUCAGGAUGCUGUCUCCAGGACUUGACGCAGAGGACCUCGAUUUUGAAGAGCUGCUUGCUUGGUUGCUUUCCGAUGCCGGCCGAGUUUUCAGCUGCGACGAUCUCAGUGUGAAAGGCAACAUGUUUCGCGCAAUACUGCUCAGUAUGCGCUCUACCUUUCUCAAAGAGCUGACGUUUUCCCAGCACUGGCAUGUGACAUCCGGCUGUGAGCGUGCAAGCGUGCUGGGCUGUCCAGUCGCGGUUCCACUAUGGCUUGUGGAAAUGCGAGAACCUCCGCUGCCUGAAGUGCCAGAGGACAUGUAUCGUAAUGUCGGCCCACCGAUUGACAUUCCAAUGUUCUGCCAGUCUACGCCGAGCGUACCUACAAACACACCGUGCCCCAUUUGCAUCGCUGAUGUGACAGCUGAUACUAAUGACGCGGGCCAGAAGCCAGUGGUCACCACCUGCGGCCACUAUUUUCAUGAACAGUGUCUAGAUAGCUGGGUCAACGACUCUGCAAUGUCGAAGUCUCAUACUUGCCCUUCGUGUCGAGCAGUCAUGUGCGUGGCUCGACCGCGCAUACCAGCUGACACGCCACCGCUGGACUGGGUGUAUUCAACGCUGCCAACGGGGCGCACUACCGUGGUAGUCCUCUACGGGCUACAGCUUAUAUAA